AUGUCAGAAGUUUGCUCCGAAGAGUGUCUGGAAAUUACUCUAGGGUAAGUUGGGAUUAAAAAUUAGGGUUGAGGACAAAAGUGGGAAAUUUUUGUGUUUCAGCAGAAGUUUUAGUUGUAGCUAUCUAAUAAAAUACGUUCGCUUUUCAGAAUAAAGUCCUACUUUUGCUGAUAAUAAUCUUUAUCAUCUUGAUGCACAAUUUCUUCUACCAUUAUCGGAGAUUACUGUGGAUGGACUUUCAGUAUAAUGCAGAAGAUUUUGCAAGGACAUAUGGGCAAGUUUUGUGGCCAAUAGCUACCCCACACGGCAACCCGAAAUAGAAUAUAAUAGAAGAAAAAUGUUUCCCGCCCACUUUUGAAUUUCGUCCAAACGAAGUGUCAAAAUUGCCAAAAGAAAUAAAAUUAUUCAUAAAAAAAUAUUUUUCUGUCGGAAACCCCCAAGAAAAAUUCUUUUUUGAACUUACACUUGUCCUUUUACUUCUUUUUAUGUCAUAAUACAGUAAACGAGCAGAUAAAUUUUAGCUACGACUACAACUACACGCAUAUUCUGGAGAACCAAUGUGUGCUUCCUGUAAUUACGGCAGGUAUGUGCAAAAUCUCGGCAUGCAGAUUGUUUGAAUGACUUGAAAACGACCUCAGACGUUUUUUUAGCUGAACCAGAUAUUCUUCCGUUUCUGAAAACGUCCAAUAGUUCAAUCUUCGAAUGCCCUUUGUACAGCAGUCCGAUGAUUGUUCAACAUCCAGAAGAAGGAGCGGCUCAAUUCGUUCAUCCAAGCCAACGAAAUCUUGGAUAUUACAGAUGCUCAGUCGAUUAUUUAAAUGGCACAGAAGACACACUAGUAAGCUUCAUCUGACAUUUUCAGCUGCAACUAACCUUUAUUCAGGCCACUUUCGACGAUGAAAUCGAUAUAGAUUCGCCAGUCUAUACAGUAAAAUGCACUGAUAAAGAUGGAAAGACAAUAUAUCAUGAUGUCUACAGUAAUUUGAAACCGUUCAAGACACCUUUGCGAUAUAGUACGGCUAAUUCCCAGGGGGUUGAAAAGCCAAGUGUUUUAAUGAUAUUGAUCGAUGGGAUUACCGGCAACAGUUUUCAACGAGAAAUGACAAUAACAAAGGAAUUUCUGGAAAGAAGAAAUGCCGCAUUUAUGAAAGGGUUUAACAGAGUAAGUUACUAGGAGCUAUGUGCGCAAUACCGUUCAUUAAAACUUGUGUUAUGAACGCUUGACUGCGGUAUUGAUAAUAAAUGGCGAGUAUAAGGUCUCCGAAACGGUGAUUGCCAAGUUUUAAAGUUUUCCCAAUGCUUAAUACUUGUCUAAAAUACUACAAGUGGCACAAGCUUCUUUAAAAAGUCGAUAUUUCCAGCAUAGUGUCCACUCCUCCAAAAAUAUAUUCGCGAUGUUAACCGGGAAAGUGUUUGAGCCGGCAAAGAACGACCUGAACACGACAAUGCCCGAUCUAAUGCAGUUAUCAAAGAGUCGGCUGCAGAAUUCAUCCACUGCUGGCUGGAUUUUUGAGAGCGCAAGAAACGCUGGAUACAUUACUCAUUUCAACGAUGACAGUGACUUCUUGAAAAAGUUUGACGGAAUGAACAGUGAAGUCGAACUGCCAGUCGACGUGAGCUUGCGGUAA